AUGACAGAGGAAAUAACAUAUGCGGAUCUGGAAUUUAAUAAAUCUUAUGCACUGGAAAAUAUCCCAAAGCCUGCUGCUCCUGAGGAAAAAGCGCUCCACUCUUCAUCCUCCACAUGGCGUCUGGCUGCCUUGACUUUCCUCAUACUGUGCUUGGCAUUGCUGCUAGGGAUGUUAGCCCUGGGCAUUGUGUUUUUUCAGGUUUCCAAUGACUUCCAGAAACAAUUUGGGAACCUCAUGAGGAACCAGGAAACUCUGCAAACAAAUUUUUCAAAAAGGCUGCAAGACAUGAAAGAUCAUUUGUGUCUUAAAGGAGAGGAAAAUAAUGAGAAUAAUGGAUCCAGUUGUACGCUCUGCCCUGCAAACUGGCAAUGGAUGGGAGGUGACACCUGUUUCUACAUAUCAACGCAGAAGAGGUCAUGGGAAGAGAGCCAGAGGUUCUGUUCCUUACAGAAUUCCACCUUUCUCAUGCUAAAACACAGGCAUAAGCUGAACCAUGUACCUCCAAGAGAGAAUUCCCAAUAUUAUUGGAUUGGUUUACACAAAUCUGGAGAGAACAGCUGGUAUUGGACAGAUGGCUCCGCUCUUUUGACACAGAAAGAAGAUUGGAUUGACUUGUAUUCAUCCUAUAAUUGUGGCUGCCUAUAUAGUGGAAAAAUUUAUAAUGACCACUGCACAGAGAAGCAUUUCUGGAUCUGUGAGAAAGCAGCUGUCAAACUAAG